ACAGAGAGAGGGUCGCCAAGGAAUGGAAGUCGAAAUUGAAGAAGUAGAAGUAGAAGUACAGAGAGUGGCCAGGGAGCCGCCAAAAAUCCACCGCCUAGAAGAAUCGGUGGUGAACCGAAUUGCCGCCGGCGAGGUCAUCCAACGUCCGGUGUCCGCUGUCAAAGAGCUGGUGGAGAACAGUCUUGACGCGUCCUCCACUUCCAUAAACAUCGUCGUCAAGGACGGCGGCCUUAAGCUCAUUCAAGUCUCCGACGACGGUCACGGCAUUCGAUAUGAGGACUUGCCCAUACUGUGCGAGAGGCACACGACGUCCAAAUUGUCCAAGUACGAGGAUUUGCAGUCUAUAAAAUCCAUGGGUUUUAGAGGGGAGGCGCUGGCCAGUAUGACGUACGUGGGUCAUGUGACAGUUACCACCAUAACCAAGGGGCAGCUUCAUGGUUACAGGGUUUCUUACAGGGAUGGUGUCAUGGAACAUGAACCAAAGGCAUGUGCUGCUGUCAAAGGAACUCAAAUAAUGAUUGAGAAUUUGUUCUAUAACAUGAUAGCUAGAAGGAAGACACUGCAAAAUUCUGCUGAUGACUAUACAAAAAUUGUGGAUUUGCUAAGCCGGUUUGCUAUUCAUCACAUAAAUGUUGGCUUUUCUUGCAGAAAGCAUGGAGCUGCUAGAGCAGAUGUUCACUCUGUUGCCACAUCAUCAAGGCUUGAUGCUAUCAGGUCUGUUUAUGGAGUCUCAGUCGCUCGCAAUCUAAUAAAGAUAGAAGCUUCAGAUAAUGAUCCCUCAAGCUCAGUCUUCCAGAUGGAUGGCUUCAUCUCUAAUGCAAAUUAUGUAGCAAAGAAAAUAACAAUGGUUCUUUUUAUUAAUGAUAGGUUGGUUGAUUGUGCUGCUUUGAAGAGAGCUAUUGAAAUUGUCUAUGCUGCAACCUUACCUAAAGCAUCAAAACCCUUCAUCUACAUGUCAAUUUUAUUGCCACCUGAGCAUGUUGACGUGAAUGUGCACCCAACAAAGAGAGAGGUAAGCCUUUUAAAUCAGGAAGUUAUUAUUGAGAAGCUACAGUCAGUGGUUGAAUCAAAAUUGAGAAACUCAAAUGAGUCAAGGACAUUUCAAGAACAGACAGUGGAACCCUCUCCAUCUAUCCCUUCAAGUGCAGGCAAGGAUUUACAUCCUAAUCCUUCACCUUCUGGUUCCAAAUCACAAAAAGUUCCAGUGAACAAAAUGGUCAGAACUGAUUCAUCGGAUCCAGCUGGAAGGUUACAUGCUUACUUGCAUGUCAAGCCUCAGAACCACCCUGCUGGAAAUUCUACCUUGACAGCUGUGAGGUCUUCUGUUAGGCAAAGAAGGAACCCAAGGGAAACUGCAGAUCUUACCAGCAUUCAAGAGCUAAUUGAUGAAAUUGAUAAAAAUUGUCACCCUGGGCUGCUCGACAUUAUAAGACAAUGCACAUAUGUUGGAAUGGCAGAUGAUGUUUUUGCAUUGCUUCAACAUAAUACUCAUCUAUAUCUCGUGGAUGUGGUGAACUUAAGCAAAGAGCUAAUGUAUCAGCAAGUUCUUCGCCGGUUUUCUCAUUUCAAUGCUAUACAACUUAGUGAGCCAGCUCCCAUGCCAGAGCUCAUUACACUGGCCCUGAAGGAGGAGGACUUGGAUCCAGAUGGCCAGGAAAAUGAUGACCUUAAAGAAAAGAUUGCAGAAAUGAAUACACAACUACUUAAGCAAAAGGGUGAAAUGCUGGAGGAAUAUUUCUCUAUUCACAUUGAUAAAGAUGGGAACUUGUCUAGGCUUCCUGUCAUACUUGAUCAGUACACCCCAGACAUGGAUCGUGUUCCUGAAUUUGUACUAUGUUUGGGCAAUGAUGUUGACUGGGAAGAUGAAAAAAAUUGCUUCCAAACUAUUGCAGCUGCUCUGGGGAAUUUUUAUGCCAUGCAUCCUCCUUUAUUGCCAAAUCCAUCAGGUGAUGGUUUGGAAUUUUACAAAAAGAGAAAACCUGUCAAGAAUCCUGAAGAUGCAGGAAAUUCCUCUAGUGACAUGGUGUCUACUGGGGAUGAUGUUGAAAUGAAGGACAGUAUUGAGCAUGAGCUCCUUUCUGAGGCAGAAACUGCAUGGGCCCAGCGAGAAUGGUCAAUUCAGCAUGUCUUGUUUCCAUCCAUGAGGCUCUUUUUAAAGCCACCAACUUCAAUGGCUAGCAAUGGAACAUUUGUCCGGGUGGCCUCAUUGGAGAAGCUUUACAGGAUUUUUGAGAGAUGCUAAGUUGCUAACCAAUAUAAACUCCAUUUAGACCAAUCUCAGGAGUUGGUUGGUUGCCUUGAAAAUCUCUAUGUACAGUAAGUCAUUUCCGCAGAGUGCAGACACAUCACAUUCUGUUUCAUGAUGCCUUUGGUGAUUGUUGGCAUUGCUACAGGGUGCAUUUUUGUCGAUGGCAUAUUUACAUCCAAUAUAGAUGUGUUUUGUUU